UCUGAAGAAAGAGACCGGUCGAAGUCAGGAAGGAUUUCAUUCAAAUCCAAACAUUUGCCCCUUGUAACGAAAGCAGAAUAUUCCUAAAGCAACCAUUUGCACCUUUAAUAAAAUCAGAAACAUGUAGGUAACUUACGUGAAACAAGCCCGUAUCCGGUGACCCAUUUAACAAUUUCUGUAUCUCUAUUUCGCUACCCCUUUGCGUUCCUCUAUCUUACGUACGUUCAGGCGCGAGCGUAUGAUUCGCGCUGAAUGUAUAUCGUAGCUAUACACUUGUCUCUACGAUACCUAAGUGCAUACGCGUUUGUAGACCGGCAGAAAUCUUGAUGUGCUAGUGCAGAGUUACGAAUUCUCUCGAUCUUGUAUACGCACACAUAUACACGCAACACAUUAAGACAAAAGUGGCGUGUGCAGACGCCACUAUACGAAUAUAUAUGUAUGUGUGUGUAUGUCCAUAUAAAUCUAUGUACGUAACGUAUGCGUACGUGUGAGCGCGCGUGCGUAUAGAUAACCGUAUAUCAGAGGCGGUGAAACGCGGUGCGAGUAAUACAUAAAUCAGCUGGUCUGCAGGCUGCCAUAUCAUUUCGUACAACGGUCAUGAAUGAAUAGAGCCGUGUGUGAGUUAUCGUUUUACCUGCUCUUUCAAAAUCUAACGCAGCUCGCGGCUCUUCGCUUUCUCGUACAUUUAUGUAAUUCGCGCGUCACGUGUAUCGCGAAGCUCGUACACUGUCAUUCACAAAUGCGUGAAGUUGCAUAUAUACGAGUAAAUUCCGCAACGAAACAUAACAUAACGUAUAACAUGAUUAAUAAUUUCUUAUACAUAUAAUAAUAAUUCAGCGACACGAUAGCCUCGACAUCGUAUCGAAUUAGAAAAGCGAAAAAAUUAAUCCGCUAGAUCACUAAUGGUAAACGCUAUACACGUCGGAGGAGCAAGAUUAAUACGGUUUUAAAAAAUCAUAUUCGGGGAUGAUGAUGUCGGGUGUUUUUGAGCGCCACCUGGAUAAUUCGUGUUUGCUGUUUAUUUCGACGACGAUCAAACAACUCGUUGAUUUCACGGUUAUCGAAUUAAUUUAUGGGAUAAUAUUUUAUUAUGACAUUAAUUUAUCUUUGGCGUGAGUUUGUCUCGUAAUCUCGUUAACCGAAAUAUACGUACAUAGAUUUUUUGACGUUUGAAACAUCGAACGAUUAAGCGAAUCGAGAUAUAAUAUUAUACGUAGGAGGAGGUGAAUCCUCCGCGUAUAUGUGCGUUUCAAUCGAUUGCAAGUAAGCUAGAUGUAAUUUAAAAGAUGUAACAUAGCGAUUGAAGGAAAAUGUUAUUUUAUCGGAAAGGAGCACUGAACGAAAUGAAAUGGCUGCGUCGCUCUUGAAAAUGUAUAGUAGUCCCAUCCGCAAAUGCCUCAAACAUGUUUCGAAAUACUGUCGAAUUGGAAGCAGGAGAGCAACUUUUCAUUGUACGGCAACAAAUUUGAGAGUAAAAUGCAGCGAUAAACCAUUUUUCACAACUCGUUUGGCUCUACCUCCCGAUUACGAGAACGUAGCUGAUUUCAUGUGCGAAGCAUACUACAAACACGAACCGGUAGUCAUCAACAUCGGUCUCGGAGGUACAGAGGCUCCACCUAUUUGGAGGCGUAUGAUGCUAGAACAAGUAAAGGCCGGAUACUCGAUCAUCGCUGAGAAUCGAGAGAACUGUAUAAUUGGUGCUGCCCUAAAUUGUAUAACGGACCAUAACGAACUGAAAAUGUUAUGUAAAUUGGCAAGAUGCUGCGAGGACGGACCUCUUCGCGAUCUUAUCGAAUUUUUCGCUUUCGUAUUCGAAGCACCUAGACUUUGGGAACGUUUUCCCGUAAGACUCGUCUUUGAACAAUGCAGUUUAGCAGUAAGUUGUGAGUAUCAAGGUUUAGGAAUCGCCAAAAGAUUGAUCCAGGAAAGCUGGCACUUGGCACGCGACUGUGGCUAUCGAUUGUUCAGACUAGAUUGCAAUAGCAGCUAUUGUGCAAAGAUAGCCCAAGGUUUUGGAUGGCCAAUGAUCUGGGAUAUACCAUUCGAUCAAUAUGUCAAAAAUGGUAAAGUCAUCUUCAACCAUGUUAAGGAACCACAUACUACGUGUCGUGUCUUCGUUGAUCGUUUACGAUAUUGUAAAACCUACUGUCUUCCUUAUAAGGAAUGUAAAACAACAACAUCUGCUCCGUUCCCAGAAAAGUAAAAUAAAUGUUCUUACAUUCUUGCGUUUGUCAAUUAUUAAAAUUGUUAAUAUUCAUCGAA